AAGCAGCCGUGUUCACGCGGUUCACGCUCGUGUUGAGCCCCUCCCCCACGCCCCGUCAACCGCCGCCACCGACGCCACCAUCGCCCCCCGUUUAGCAAAGCGGCGGCUUCAGCGGCGGCAGUGGCGCCUUUUUCGCCUGUUGAAUUUUUCUACUUCUGAUAUUGAUCGACAUCGUAAAUUUGUCUAGAACAUUGAAAAAUCUCACGGAUCGGCAAGAUUUCGAAACUUUACGAAGAAUGGCCAAGAGUCGCGACGAUCGCACGCGCGUGUCAGAUUGUACGAGGCAAACAACGAUAUGGUUAUUCGAAAAUCAGGAUCGCGAACAACGCCGUGACAUCGUCAUGGAAAUAGGACGAACGACUCCACGGAACGAAGCGUGGGACAGCUCCUCACUUUCCGCUUACACAUCGCAAUUAUUCGUAAUCUCCCCGACAACAAGGCUGAAGACACCUGUACCUCCAAACGCUCCCAUCAAAUCGAGGAAACCGUUCCCUAAGGAGGGUUUAAAACCUAAAAAGCUUCGCUUUACGGAUAAAGAUAAGGAUGAAACAAAGGGCGAAAAUUAUUCUAAAAAUAGCACAGAUUUUUCAAUCGACACGUCUAAACGGAAAGCGACAUUUUCGAAGCAACAGGAUGACGAAUCGAAAGGAAUAAAGGAAGAACGCGAAAACUUGAGUUCUAUGUUGCAAAGUAUACGAAUUGAGCUGGAUAAUAAGGAAAAUAGGCGAAAUGGCCAGGAUAAUAAUAAUAAUAAUGGAUAUGAAAGAAGAACGAGAAAUAAUCGUUCCGUCGCAAAGGAACGUGCGAGAAAUAACAAUAAUUCUUCGCAAUCAUCAAAAUUAAACUGCAAUCUGAAAGAUUUCGAAAAGAGUCCUGUCACAUUGUCGCCAUUCAAGUAUACAUCGGGUGUAGUAGAGAAAUUAUUAGAUUUACAACUACAAAGAGAUACGGGUAUGUGGAUUCAGUGCUGUAGGAAAAACUGUAGGAAUAAAUGGCGAUACUGUGACGAUUUUCAUGAUCCUGUGGAUGUACCAAAGAUUUGGUACUGUAAUAUGAACUCAGAUACAACUAUUGCCUCUUGUUCCAUACCGGAAGUACCAAUUGCGAAGGAAGAAGAAAAAGAUUUAAUAGAAAAUAAAUAUAACGCUGGAAGUCUUGUGUGGGGAAAGGUGCAUGGUUAUCCAUGGUGGCCCGGAAUUAUAGAUGAUUGCCCUGAUACUUUACGAUUUUACGAAUUACAAGGAUCAUCGAUAAUCCCUGUCAAAUAUCAUGUGACUUUCUUCGAAGAUAAUAUUCAAUGCGCGUGGCUUAAUAUCAAAAAUAUCAAAGCUUUUACGAAAUAUAAAAGAAGCACUCUUGUGAAAAAGAACAUACUCUACGGGAUAAACUAUAAAAAAUCGCUGAAAGAAGCCUGCGCUUUAGCACAAAGCGCAAUUCCAUUACCGAUAGUCGAGAGAUUACAAAGAUUCAGUUGUAUUUCGCGCUUGAGAAACAUACAAGGAUCUGUGAUUCAACUGCAGUAUGAGGAGCAACGUUCGCCGUCAUCUAUAUAAAAUUAUCAUGCUGAAGAUAAUUUUAAAUUAUCUAAGCGCAACACCGAGGAGGAGCAAGAUGACGACGUUGCCACCACACUAACGCAAUGAAACAUAUUUCAUUAAAAGAGUUUUAUAUUAUAAAUAAACAUUACACAAAUUCUUAAAUGUU